ACACACAGACACACACACACACAAUACUUUCUAAUCCAUACAUCUCCUUACAACUCUACUUAGCCGGUCUGACAGAGUGAGCAGAGUGCGCGUGGGUCUGCAUGUGCGUGAGACAAGAGUGUGAAGCAGUGAGAGGGAAAACCUGCGGGAAAAAAAAAAAAGAAUUCAGGGAGGGGGAGGGAGUCAGCGAUCAGAGUAAACAGGCAGAGCUGAGCAGAAGAAAGAGGGAAGGGAAGAGAGAUAAAGGGGGAAUGUGAGGGUACCAUCUUUGGUUGUCUUGGGACCAAAGUCAAGAGAUGCAAUGACUAGAUGACCAUCCAUUACCCACAAAAGCAUCCUGUCCAGGACCCUUGACAGGAGGGGAAAUAUCCACACAGUCAAAGGUAAAUACAGUGUGCAGCCGGUCCCUCAUCUCUGGAUCAUGUCGUCUGCUGGGUCAACAAACCACAACAAGCGCCUGGCAUCUGAGACAGACAACUCUCAGAGGCUGCUCGACAAUGAUGCUGCUCAACACCUGAAGCUAAAGGAGAGGCACCGCUUUUUUGAGGAGGUCUACCAGCACGAUGUGGACAACUACCUGCCCUCGGCACACUUGCAGAUUGACUGCAGAAAACCCCCAAUGGGUAGUAUCUCUUCUAUGGAGGUGAAUGUGGAUGCCCUGGAGAGCAUGGAUCUGAUGGACAUAUCAGAUCAGGAAGCCCUUGACGUGUUCCUUAACUCAGGAGCAGAUGAGGGAGCACUCACAUCUCCACUACCAGUAAUAAUUACAGAGGGUGAAGACGAUGAAGACGAGGAGGAGGAUGAAAAUGCAGAAGUUGUCUACAGGGAGCGUGCCCCUCUACAACGGCAAAAUGAAGUGUACCAUGGCUCACAAUCCCGCAUAUCUUCCACAUCAUCUGGGUCCAGUGACACCAGCGUGGGCGGCGCUGACACUCCUGUGGUCCAGUCAGACGAUGAAGAAGUCCAUGCCGACACAUUGCUACUGACCUCUGUUCCGCAAAGACGAGAUGAGGAGACAGAGGAAGAGGAUGAAGAGAAGAUAUGUCUUCUACUUCAUCAACAGAAAGACUGAAUUUUAUUCCUUCGGCUCUGUUAUUUUUCUGUUGUUUUGUCAUGAAAGCCCCGCAUGGCUGACCUAGCUGUCUUUUGCCGUGUCCACGAAUGUCACUGUGGAUAUUUCUGUCAGGCUCAUAGCCUGUCUUUACUUCAAAGACACCUUAACAAUGCAUUGCCAAUCUUUUUUUAAUUAUUUUUUUAAAUUUGCAUGUUGGCUUGGCUACUGUUCAUUCCAUUCGGUUGUACAGGCAUGUACACGCAUGCUUUUGCUGUACAACAAGUCAAGCUUGAAUUUGUGCUCUCCAGUAACUGGAGGGCAACCUUUCUCACGUUCGGUUAACCAAAGGUCUCUUUUAUUAAACCGACAAAAACAGUAGGCACGACAAACAAUGCACGUGUCACAGUUAAUGAUUAAAUCAAAAGUUUUAUAGACUGACUCAAAAAAAUGCUUAAAGUGCAGCGAGCUAACUAGUAGGCUGCAGACUGCAUCUUUCCAUUGUUAGUAUGUCUUUGAAGUAAAGCAUUAUAACUUGAAGUGAAUAGCUCAUGGCUGCUCUAAAAUAACCAAAAUGAAAUGUACAGCCCUUUGUGAUUUAAUAACAAUUGUGUCAUAUUCCGUGUGUCUGCUGUGUGCACGUAAAAACAUUUGUGAGGAAAAUUGAACUGUAUUUGUCAACGCAUGCCAUUAUGUUUGAGUAAAUUCAUCCAUCCAUUCAUUAUCAUUACCGCUUAUUCCCUAAUGGGGUGGCGGGGGAACUGGAGCCUAUCCCAGUGGUCAAUGGGCCAGAGGCGGGGUACACCCCCGACAGUUCGCCAGUCCAUCGCAGGGCCACGAGACGUACAAAGACAAACAACCAUGGGCACUCACAUUCUCUCCUAAAUCUGCUAAAUACAACGACCGUGAAAUAAAUGCUUAAGAUAUUCCCAGACUGCAAAGACAGUAGUGACUGUGGCAAGCAAAUAAGUAUCCCUUCUAGCUAUCUGCUCAGAACAGAAGGACUUACCAUAAAUUAGAUUUUCACUCGCCUUUUUUCAGGUUUCAUCAUAAAGAGUGGUUUGUACAUGUAUAAAUGUUGUAUAGCACUGUGAUGUUUUGAAGUACUCUUAUCAGAAAACAAAUACAGAUAUAGGUUACCUAUAUCUGCAUUUCAACAUUUACCCUUGUUUAGCUGUCACACAUUCCUUAUGGCCGACAGCUGUUAUUGAAGUAUGUUAUUAUUAUACUUCACAGGAAGACAAUCUUUACGACAUGAGCAUAGAUUUAUAAUUGUGCUCUGUCAUGCAUUUAACCCUGUUUUUGUCCCUGUUAACAGGUAUGCAAGUCAUUAAAUUCAAAGCACAAGAACAUAUUACGCAUGAUUCUUCUGCACUCCUGUAAGAUUCUCAGAAACGGGAAUACCACAAAUUCUGUUGGCUUUCAUGUCACAUCAAAAUGAGACUGAAGUGAAACUGCUCCAAUUACCUUCCUUCCUUGGAAACAGCCGCAAUCCUUAUCAUGUUUUUAUAUUUCCUCUUUUUUUGCUGCACAUUGCAUCGAACCAUUUUAACUAUUUAAAGUCUGAUCGAAGAAAGAAUCACAGAGAUUUCUUUUUUUAAUCCGAAGACUUUAAUUGGCCAUUAAAAAUAUUCAAAAUUAUUGCAAAUGUAAAUGUAUUACCUAGUGAUCCAAAAGGUCUCAGAUUAAAAGGAUUUUGGUUACCGUGGGUUCAAGGUUAAAAACCUUUGUUACAUAUUCAAUAGGAGACCUUUUCUCAGCAGAUAACACGUGUUCUGGAAAUUCCACUUUAACAAAUGUAUUUGUCGUUUAAUCAGCCUAUAUUUGACUUUAGGCCUGACGUAAAGACAAACAUGACUUUUACUAGUCCAGUUAAGAGAAUGCCUCAGACUUGGCAAGAGACAAGCUUUAUAUUUUCAUGAUGUGUGACCUAUGCAAAUUGUUUUUCCAAAGUGUAAUUCAACAUAGAAAUAAACA